CAAUGUACAUAAGCAUUUAUUUUGUUUCGCUUACAGCAAAAUAAUCACAUUACAUUAACGCAUAAAUACUAUAACUAGAACGUAAUAGUGUUAAAAUGUAAAGACUAUAUAUGUAAUAUAAUUUAUAUUAAGAAAGUGGAUCCGUAAUGAUUACGUGUUCUCCGAGUGCGAUUUCGGCAUUCUUCGGCUUUUACAGAGAAUGCCGAAAUCGCUACAACGUCCAAAGUAAACAUAAAUACGUAAUCACACGGAAAUUGCCGAUUGUCUACGGAAAUCGCCGAGUGUCAUUACUGAACCACUGCCUCAACAUAGUAAAACUAUAGAUGCUUAUAAUUACAACUACGUAAGGAAUAUGAAAUAUUUAUUUACUAUUGCGUGUCUGUUCACUAAACUUCUAUUUGUGUCAAGCGAAAUAUAUUCGUCUAUGGCGCAUAUUGAGGACCGUCUAAAUUAUGUGAAGAAAAUAAACAUCAGUGGAUGGAUUAUGAAACAUUUUGUAGAGCCGGAAGAAUUGAGACUUGCAACAUUGAAGGAAGUGGUUAAACAUGCUGUUGAUGUAGAUAAACUUGCAAAGGAUACAAAUGAGCUUGAAAAUCCUUUAAAUGUCUAUAGAUUCAUGAAAAAGUUAGCUUAUUUCAAAGAACAGGUGCAAAAAGCUAAUGAUACAAAACGACAGAAUUCGUUUAAAGAAGCCAGUUUUAUAAAAUUUCUUAAUGUUCUUCCAACCAAAGAAGAUUUAAACGGUUCUAUCACAGGUAAUAUUUUCUUUUCUUGUUUCUAUUUUUUAUAUUUUACCAAACAAUUAAAAUAUUACUGUUCAGGUUUAGCUCGCCUUCAAGUGGUUUAUAAUUUAUCCACUGAGGAUGUACUGGCUGGCAUCCUAAAUGGUAGGCCUUCCAGACCACUUACUGCGGAAGAAGCCAUGGACAUUGUCACAUAUACAAUCAAUCUGUCAAUCCCAGGAAUACAGAUCAACAAUUAUACAUUAUCAUGGUUAAUCCACAUUAACAACACGAAAAUUUCUCUCUAUAAGGACAGACCAUAUAUAAAAAUUUUGAGACUGAUGGCGGGGAUAUAUCUACAGAGCAGAUGUUACUGUUCCAGGGAGUUUCAACAUGUAUAUAACAUGUUACGGAAAGUUGAUCCAAGUUACAGUGCACAUAUUGAACGCUUUGUUAAAAGCUGCAAAAAGUGGUACUCUCGUAGUGAUUGUGAACUGCUAACAGAAAAACCGACUCUGUAUAGUCGAGGAGAAAGAUUUUUUGCUUUAUGUAGAGGGGAACCUAUAAAAAUUCCAGAUGAAAGCAUAGGUUAUAAGACGCAAGCACGUGAAUUUAGUUGCAUGCUUCAAAGUAAUAACGACCCAAAACUUCUACUCAAUCCAGUAAGAGUUGAAAUAUUGAAUAAAAAAAGUCCUUAUAUCGCCAUCUUGCAUGACAUUGUAACUGAUAGAGAAAUUAAUUUCAUAAAGAGAGUGGGAAAACCUAAUCUUAAGAGAGGAACGGUGAAGGUUCGUGAUGGACAGGCAAAAAGUGAUGUUAAGAUUAGUAAAACCAUGUUAAUGCCAAAUAGUCAUAUUGCACUCUAUGGAAAACUAAACACAUUUCGUAACAGACUUGUAGCUCUGACCAAGCUUAAUAAAAAAAGUUUCAAAAAAGUUCAGGUUGCUAACUACGGGGUAGGUGGUGUUUAUGAUGUGCAUGUGGAUUUUGUAUUUCCCGGCGUGGAGAAAAAUUUUACCGACGCUACAGACAUCCAUCUGUUAACCGUUGUGAAUUAUUUGACCGAUGUUGAAAACGGAGGAAUGACUGUUUUUCCAGAUCUUGGGAUAAAGGUUGAAGCGAAAAAGGGAAACGCUUUAAUUUUCUAUAAUUUAUUCCGGAAUGGUACUGGAAACUGGUUAACAAGGCAUGCAUCUUGUCCAGUCUUAUACGGAAAUAAGUGGAUAGCAAAUCAAUGGGUGUUAAAAAAUGAUCAAGCAUUUGCAUACCCAUGUUCUUUGAAUAAGUUUGAAUAAAAUUGCCCAAAAGGAGCCACGUGACUUCUGCAAUUUCUUCGCCAUAACUUAAUGUUGAUAGAUAAAAACAAAAUCCUGUGGUUUAAUUUCGUUUACAUUUGUUGAACACAUUUUCAAUGAAAUUACUUGGCAAGUCAGUUAAUGUCUAAACAAUGCACUUCUAUUUUUUCCCUUUUCAUGUUUCCCGUCAGUUAUUUUUCUUUCCAAUCGGAUUUAUAACAUUUCUUACAUUUUCAGAUUAACUUUGAUCAAAUCUGGCAGAAAAAAAAUGUUGUUACAUCAGCUGUGACCAUCAGGGUGUCCUGCUUAUUCUUUUAAUAGAGUUAUGAGAGACUUUUAACAGUCGCUACACGAGACUGUUGUGAUAGUUAAUAACAAUCAAACUCGGUUUGAUAUAUUCUGCUCAUGAUGGGAAAUGUUCUUUGCAACAUCCCUCAUCCCGUAUAUUUAAUGAACACACUAAUCCAAAAGUCUUGUAAAUGAAACAACACUGAGGACUUAUUACGACCGACAAAUGGCACUUAACUACGCUGCGGUAAGUUAAUAAAAUAUAUCAAAAGUCCCUUUGGAAGCAUAGAAUGCAAUCAAGGAAGAUAAUGAUAUGAUAAGCAAAUACACUAUGAAACAUCCAACAUGCCUCAAGCACCAGCUUAAGAGGAACUCUUAUCAUACAGGUACAUAGAUUACGUACCAAAUGAUCUAGCCUAGCAAGCAUGUUUUGGAAAAUGUUGGUCGAAGACCACUACUAAUAUAUUAUUUUAGGAGUUAGACUCUUCCACACGUUUAUACUACAUUUUAACGAUUCUGUUUUGCAGACAGAUCAGUGGAAGAGACUUUUUAGG